AUGUCUGCCACAGCCGCACUCGAAUACCGAAUCGAGCAAAUGCAACGAAGAAGUUCGAUCAGAGAAAACCAAUGCAUGAAUACUACAGAAACAGCUUCAUGGCCAAGCAGUACCAUGGGAUUGUCCUCGCUCCAGGUUGCUCUCCAAGAGUCAACGGGAGCAAUGGACUUUCCAUCGAUUGAAUGGUCCUUUGAUGACAACCAGAACGUCAACAACCAAGUACCAAACGCAUCAACACUGCAAGGAAGAAGCAGUGGAAUGAUCCCCCGCUGCAAGAGCUACGAGAAUCUAUUCACAUGUUGUGUCUCUUAG